AUGUUUCAAGUAAAUUUAGAAUAAAAAUUGAUUGUCAUUCAUCUGAAUAUGGCCAUCCAAAAGGGUUUAUUUCAUGCAAUAUUAAUUAUCUUUAGUCCUUAUUUAUUAAGUAAUUAAUUAUAUUGA